AUGGAGUACGGGUAUCUUAGCGGUGCUGGUGGUGGGUUCGACGGUGGCUGCCUGGGCUCCAGCGGUGGAGAGCUGUCGUGGGGCGAGCUGGCCUCCUGCGGGCAGAUGUCGCAGGCGGCUUACAGGUAUCAGGGUAUGCGUUAUCAGCCGCCGCCGCCACAAUGUGCCCGACCGCAGGAUGCUGCUAUGAGAAAUCAUCAUAUAUUUCCACCUACGAUGAAUUUACAACCGGGACUGCCAUACAAGGUAUACGGAGGUCACGAGGGUUCAUUAACGGAGAAAAGAAAACAGCGGCGCAUUAGAACAACGUUUACGUCAGCACAACUGAAGGAAUUAGAAAGAGCCUUUCAAGAGACGCACUAUCCAGACAUCUACACUAGAGAAGAAAUCGCUAUGAAAAUUGAUUUGACUGAAGCUAGAGUACAGGUAUGGUUUCAAAACCGAAGAGCGAAGUUCCGUAAACAGGAACGCUUAGCUCAACAGAAGGCUGGCGAGACACCUGUGAAGGCUGAAGGCAAGAGGGACAAGCAGGGAUCACCAUCGUCUUCCCCCCACCCCGCGCCACCUUCACAGACAACGCACCAUUCAUUGCCGCAUCUCUCACCGCCUGAUCUCAAACCAUUGACUUCUGCAGGCAACAAACUGUGCGACGAGCUGAACGUGGGCGGCGGUGAGCCCCCAGUGAGCGGCGUGGGCGGCAGCAAGUGGGCGGGCGGGUGCGGUCUGCUGCGACAGCCGUCAGGCUUCCCACUUCUCGGUGUCGCACCACCCAACUACUUACUGUCCGACCAUCUCGGGAGCCUGGCGAAAUCGAACAACCACCUUUUCUAAUCCACAUUUUACUUCUAGAUUGCUUGCCCCGGGCAUGUUACGAUAUAGGACAAUUCUUGGCCAUGGUGAUGUGAACUAGAAAGUGUAUAAGACUGCAAAUAAUAUAAGUGCCAAAACUUUUGUGUCCAUUUAAUUGUAGAUGUAUGAUAGAUAUAGCUUAGUUCUGUCUUUAUCGUGCGUAUGUAACGGGCAGUUAAAUUUAACAUAAUCGAAUUUUGUGUGUUGUAAAUACAGUGUAUACGCUCGUAUACCGUAAGAUAAAACAUUCCAGUACGCAACAGCGUUAAGGCAUUUUAAAUUUUCUAGUCAUAAUGAAAUAGUCAAUACGUAGAAGCUUAUGUUAACGCAUUGAAUUGUUUUAUCAGAGAUUUAUUUAUUGCAACACUUCGUUCACAAUAACGUGAACUAUAUCUAGUGUAAAUACAUGUAAACUUGUUGUAAAUAAACUGUUGUGCAUAAUACUGCGGUUGUAAUAAGAAUUGUGGAGGGUGUUUUAAUAAAGAAAUAAAGGAUA